AUGCCUAUCUCAACUCGAUCUCAAAUCAACCAAGGGCAAAAUGAACCAAACCCUUUGGAGAGUAGCAAACCCAGGUCUGAUCAAGAACAAAACCAUGCGAAUCUUCUACUGAGAAACCCCCACCAUGGCUUAAAAGAAAAGAUAAAAGCUUUAACUCAGCUCUAUGAGAAGCAAAGGCAAGCCUCGGCAGCUCUCAGGAACCAGUCUUCAAAAACCGAUCAGAAGCUGCAUCUCACAACUCACCCGAGCGUCGAGCUUGAUCAGGAGCGGAAACCCCUUGACACUUGGAAUUACGACCGCAACACAACUGAUCUCCUAGUACCAGAGGACUUAGUCUUGCUCGAAUUCCUAGUCGGUACAAGGACUUGGAUCUCCUAUGGUGCAUUAGAAAACCAGAAAAUCAGGUUGGUCGUCAAGAAAUUAGGCAAAGUCCGCUCCUUCAAGAAUCCAUACAAAAAGCUGGUCCAUGUUGACUCCGACUCUAAGACCUACGAGGAGCACGAGCAUGGAGCAGUUCAUCAAACGUUAUGUACUUUUUUACGUGGGGAUGAAGAAAGAGUUGUAUUGGGUUCCUUUGGAGUAUCUCUCUUGUCCAGUUUUGCAAGAACUGAUGCUGGCAUAUGUGUUUGA